GGACCCUAUCUUCUCAAUUCAUCAUUUCCAAACACUGUAAGAUCCCUGAUUUCGAUUUUUCAGCCGUCCACCAAUUGAGACAAGUCAACCAACAAACAUGUUCACAAUUUUAUAGGCAUUUUCUAUUUCAUCACAUUGCCUUCACGCACGCAUUCCAACUUUCCCCUUAACCCCACACGCAUUUUAGCUUAUACCUCAAGAAAUCAACCAUUCUCAACUGGCCAAAUUUUCAUUUCAGCAGACAAUCUCUUCACGAAUACUUAGCUUAGCUAUAAGUACUUACAGAAAUACACAGUAAAUGGAACGUCCUUACGCAUACAAUCCUCUUUAAGGUUUGAUUGAUUUCCCUUUAUAGAAAUAGUCAGAUCGAGAAAUAAUGGUGCUGCCAGUAUUGAAGCUUGGGACACUUGCAUUGAAAACACUGAGCAAACCAAUUGCCAGUAGGCUCAAGCAACAAGCUGGGUUGCAUCCCAAGUUCCGUAAUUUCAUAGUCAGCAUCGCCCAGGCUAACCACCGGGUGACAACACAAAUGCAAAGACGGUUAUAUGGUCAUGCAACCAGUGUGGAAAUACGGCCUUUGGAUGAGGAGAAAGCUGUUCAAGCUGCUGUUGACCUUCUGGGGGAAGCUUUUGUCUUUUCGGUUGCAGUUGCUGCACUUUAUUUUGAGGUGCAAAGAAGUUCUCGAUCAGAAGCUAAAAAGGAGGAACUUCGCAGGCAAGAGCUGGAGCUAAUGAAGGAACGAGAUGAAGCAUUGUCAAGAGAGGUCGAGAGCUUGAAAAGCAAGAUUCAAGAGCUUGAACAGUUGGCAAGGGGACGAGGACUUGCUGGAGUGUUCAGUUUGAGACCUUCUCACGUUGAAGAAGCCAAGUCGCCUACGCCAGCAUGAUCUAUCGUGAAGUUUUGGCAGCAAAAUGAUCAGUUCUUUUUUGGAUUCUUUGGAGCCAAGGCUCAUAUGCCUUCCGUAAACCAGAAGCCCCUUGGCUCCUUAAUGAAGUAGUUGACUGAAAAAUUUCGUUGAAUGUGAUCAAUAUUGUGAGGUUAUGAAGCAGGAGUUCCAUAACCUGAGUUGUGGCACCACAUACUUAAAGAGACUUGUCUACUUAGCAUCAUAGGGUGCAAAAUUGUGAAAUGUUGGACCAUGUUCUAAUGCUCAAAACUGGUGAGGUGGCAUUAUGACCAGAUGCUCCUUACCUGCAAAAGCUAUGCCAUACAAAUGAAACACCAAUAUUUAUCCUUUUUUACAAUUCUAUCCCAUCCUAUAGGAUGGUUGGCAUCAUUGAAUUGAAUGCAGCCGACAGGGAAUCUCGAAGAUGGAUAGUGGGAUGUGACCUUUAUGCCUCCCUUGCCUUGUUGUUCCUCUCUUUGUACUUACAUGCACAAGGGACCUUUUUGCUCACUUCUAUCUUUUUUUUCAAGUGUGGGGUGAAAAGGACCAAUCUCUCUGUGCCACUGGUAUAAUCUCUUGCAUUCAAUUCCUUUUUGUCAUGCUAUCAUGAACGAAUUUUCUAACAACAAUUAAUAUCCAUCCAUUCAAUUUUACUUGUCA